AUGGCGCCGCCGAAGCAGGCGACCUUGGGGUACGUGAAGGGUGCUCAGAGCACUCUGGGGAAGUUCUUUGGUGCCAAGGACCCGCCGCCGCAACAGCAGACGAAGCUUGCAUUUGGAACGAAAGCCCGUGCCGUGGAGGGGGCUGCCAAGGACGCGGGUGCAAAGGAGAAUAGAGAUUUUGGUCACGAUUCCAAGAAGCGAGCCCAUGUGCCGGGUCGGAAUGGUGCUGUGGAAGCCGAGGACGACGAGGACGAUGGACCUGUGGUCAAGCGAGCGAGGAGAAGUAGAGUCAAGAUUGAAGAUGAGGAUGACGAACCUGCCCAGUCGAGGACCAAGAAAGAGGAACACCGUUCGGAGCAUGACACGAUCAAGCAGUCUGUCGAGGAGACUUCCAAGGAGGAAGAGGGACAUGUCAAAGAUGUAAACAUGAACAAAAAGGAAAAGAAGAAGAGCCAGAGCCCUGAUUCAGAUGGCAAGCCUAUCAAGGCGUCAGAUGAUGAAUUCAAGGAUGAGGCGGCUUCGGAAUCCGGCUCGGAGGCCCAAGAGGAUGCAGACGUUGAGGAGAAGCCAGGAGUUGCUGCAAAGGCGAGGGAAAAGGCGCAGACACAACUCCAGUCCAAGGCUGCUCAGCACCCUUAUCCUGACUGGGAACCGGGUAGCCCUGUCCCGUAUGCAGCGUUGUGCCAGACGUUCUCGCUGAUUGAGAUGACGACGAAGCGGCUGGUCAUUAUGGGGCAUUGCUCCCUGUUUCUCCGGCAAGUUAUGCGGCUCACCCCGGACGACUUGCUCCCUACCGUCCUCCUCAUGAUCAAUAAGCUUGCGCCUGACUAUGCGGGUAUCGAGCUUGGCAUUGGCGAGUCUCUCAUCAUGAAGGCUAUUGGCGAGACGACGGGGCGAAGCUUGCAGGUCAUCAAGGCGGAUCAAAAGGAGAUUGGUGACUUGGGUCUCGUGGCAGUCAAGAGCAGAUCUACCCAGCCGACCAUGUUCAAGCCCAAGCCGCUCACGGUGAGAGGCGUGCACCAGGGUCUGAUGAACAUUGCGACUGUGACCGGCAACGGUGCUCAGGGCCGAAAGGUCGACGGCAUCAAGAAGCUUCUGUCUGCUGCUGAUGCCCGCUCCACUGUCAAGGCAGACAUCACCAAGGACAAGGGCGGCCCGAGUGAAGCCAAGUAUAUCAUCAGAUUCUUGGAGGGCAAGCUGAGGUUGGGUCUGGCUGAAAGAACUGUGCUGGUCUCCCUUGCCCAGGCCAUCGUUUGCCACGAGGCUGAAGUGAAGGGCAAGAUCCCCAGCACCACCGACAUGGAGAAUGGAGAAUCCAUCCUCAAGACGGUCUACAGCGAGCUGCCCAGCUACGACGCCAUCAUCCCAGCAGUUCUGUCGCACGGAAUCAUGAAGCUGAGAGAGUGCUGCAAGCUGCGUCCCGGCGUGCCCCUGAAACCCAUGUUGGCCAAGCCCACAAAGGCCAUCACCGAAGUCCUGGAUCGAUUCGAGGGCCAAAAGUUCACUUGCGAAUACAAGUACGACGGUGAGCGAGCCCAGAUUCACUACGUCGCCAAGGACUCGGAGCAGCAGUUGAGCCAGGCAACCGCGGGAGCCGCCAAAGCAGCAGCCGGCGGCGUCGCCAGCAUCUUCUCCAGGAACUCGGAAGACUUGUCCAAGAAGUAUCCCGACAUUCUCGCCAAACUUGGCACCUGGGUCAAGAACGACACCAAAAGCUUUGUGUUGGAUUGCGAGACGGUGGCCUGGGACGUCGCGGAGAAGAAGGUGCUCCCGUUCCAGCAGCUCAUGACGCGAAAGAAGAAGGACGUCAAGCUGGAGGACGUCAAGGUCAAAGUAUGCGUCUUCGCCUUUGACUUGUUGUAUCUGAACGGCCUCCCCGUCGUCGAGAGGCCGCUGCGCGAGCGGCGAGAGCUGCUGCAGCAGUCCUUUGCGCCGGUCGAGGGCGAGUUCGCCUUCGCCACCUACAUGGACGGCCAGGAACUCGACGAGAUCCAGCUCUUCCUGGACGAGAGCGUCCGGGCAUCCUGCGAAGGCCUGAUGAUAAAGAAAGACUACCUCGCUGGCGUGGGCGACUCGCUGGACCUCGUCGUCCUGGGCGCGUACCACGGCCGGGGGAAGCGGACGUCGGUCUACGGCGCGUUCCUCCUCGCCUGCUACAGCCCCGCCGACGACACGUACGAGACGGUGUGCAACAUCGGCACCGGCUUCUCGGAGCAGGUCCUCGAGGACCUGCACGCGCAGCUGUCCGAAAUCGUCAUUGACCGCCCCAAGCCGUUCUACUCGCACUCGGCGGGCGGCCAGCACCAGCCCGACGUGUGGUUCGAGCCCCGCUACGUGUGGGAGGUCAAGACGGCCGACCUGACCCUCAGCCCGCGCUACAAGGCUGGCUGCAAGGAGGGCGUCGACCCGGCGGGCGACAAGGGCAUCAGCCUGCGGUUCCCGCGCUUCAUCAAGAUCCGCGACGACAAGAAGCCCGACGAGGCGACGAGCAGCAGGCAGGUUGCCGAGAUGUACAGGAAGCAGGAGAGCGUGGCCAAGAACAAGGGUCCCUCUGUGGACGAUGACUUUGAGUACUGA